UACCGUACACAAUCCCAAACACUAAACAGGUGGUCAUACGCCGCCGCGCUGCGACCGACGCGAUGAAACGGAACGGGCACCGAUUGUAACUUCCACACCGAUAAGGUGCCGAGCCAAAGAUUAUUAAUGAUCUGGAAUUCGAGACACGGGAACCUUUAAUCCCGAGUUUCCCCUGGAUUCGGGCAGGAGAGUGGAAACUAUGAAAGUGACUGUGUGUUUUGGAAGAACUCGGGUCGUUGUUCCGUGCGGAGAUGGCAACCUUAAAGUGCACACGCUCAUCCAGCAGGCCGCGAUGCGGUACAGAAGAGCGAUCGCAAAGGGUGAAGAGUACUGGGUACAGGUCUACAGACUCGAACACAGUGAUGGAGGAAUUCUGGAUCUGGAUGAUGUUCUGUCUGAUGUGGCAGACGACAAAGACAAAUUGGUGGCCGUGUUUGACGAACAGGAGCCGCACGUUGGAGGUGAUGGGACCAGCGCAAGUUCAACCGGCACACAGUCACCCGAUCUGUUCUCUGGAGAGCCAUCCACCUCCACCCCACUGUCUGCCUUCCAGCCGUACCUGCCCCACAGCGAGAUAGAGGUCACCACCUCCACACUUCGAACCAAUAUGCCUUUGCACGUUCGCCGCAGCAGCGAUCCAGCAUUGUUGAAUCUGACAGCGGUGUCGUUCUCUGAAGCAAACUCGCAACCCGAAGAACCUUCCAGGAAGAAUCCCACACGCUGGUCCACCACCGCCGGCUUCCUGAAACCCCGCUUCUCCACUGGCACCAACAGCUUGGAGAGAAAGGGGCAAGGUGUGGACACGUACCGUAGCCUUCCUCGCGAUGCAGGGCAGUGGGCCAAUCAGAAGGAAUUUCAGCGUGAGAAGGCCCGUUCCUCACUCAGCGCCAACCAUCCCAUGGUGGACCGCUGGCUGGAGCGUCAAGAGCAGGAUGAGGAAGAGAAUGGCAGGAUAGAGCCAGUGGGACAUGCAGAUGCGUGUUUAGAGCACGUGGGAGUGAGAUCACUGGAUGACAUUGUUAAACUGGUAGAAGUGUCGAAUGAUGGAGGUCCGCUCGGCAUCCAUGUGGUGCCCUUCAGUGGGCGUGACCGCAGGACGUUGGGUCUUCUGGUGAAGCGUUUGGAACGCGGGGGAAAAGCACACGUUCAGGGUUUGUUCCAGGAAAACGAUUGCAUCGUUCGGAUCAACAACGGAGACCUGCGGAACGUCCGCUUUGAGCAAGCUCAGAACAUGUUUCGCCAGGCUAUGCGUUCUCCUGUCAUCCUCUUUCAUGUGGUGCCAUCCUCCAUGAGAUCGCAGUAUGAACAGAUAUCCCAUAAUGAACACAACCCUAGGGCAAGCUUUGAUGUCUCCGGACGCUUCAGCCCUGAUUCCCUCACCAACGAUCCAGUCAAUAAUGCUGGACUGGACCACGCCGCUCACAGAUUGGCACAACACAGAUCACAUUCAUCAGAUAACCACACAGAUACCAGCUCUCCCAUGCAUCAUCCUGGUGGCCCAGCGGGGAAACCUCCGUUAGGCCACGCCUCCUCUCCUCAAAGAGGCUUAAGCCCCACCCCCACAUCAGGUUUCAGUAAGAAGGUUGGGAGGAGACUCGGAAUCCAGCUUAGAAAAGGACCUGAAGGUCUUGGGUUCAGCAUCACGUCAAGAGACGUGCCCCUGGGAGGCUCCGCCCCUAUUUACGUGAAGAACAUCCUACCCAGAGGAGCCGCCAUACAGGACGGGCGACUGAAAGCGGGGGACAGACUACUAGAGGUCAAUGGGGUGGAUUUGAAUGGGCGUGGCCAAGAGGAGGUGGUUUCCCUGCUAAGGGCCACACCCAUGGGCGGGACUGUGAGUCUCCUGGUGCUUAGACAGGAAGAGACAUUUCUACCCAGAGAAAAGAACAUCGAACCAGCAAUACAGAACACAAGAGAUUGGAAGGUAGAAGAGGAGGAACUAGUCUUAACUCCAGACGGUACGCGGGAGUUCCUGACGUUGGAAGUGCCUCUGAAUGACUCCGGCUCGGCAGGGUUAGGGGUCAGCGUCAAGGGAAACAGGUCAAAGGAGACCCACGCUGAUCUGGGCAUCUUUGUCAAGGCUAUCAUCAAUGGAGGAGCAGCAUGCAAGGAUGGCAGACUGCGCAUCAACGAUCAGCUCAUUGCAGUUAACGGAGAGUCUUUGUUAGGGAAGACCAACCAGGAUGCCAUGGAAACGUUGCGCAAGUCCAUGUCAACGGAGGGCAACAAGAGAGGGACGAUUCAGCUGAUCGUGGCAAGAAGAAUCAACAAACAUCUUGAGGGGGAGAGCAGAUCCAGUCCUAGAGGGUUAGAUCGGACCCUGAGCCCGUCUCCAAAUGACCACGAGCGACGGAUCUCACACUCGCUGUAUGGAAUUGAAGGGCUUGACGACAACUUGAGACCACAAGUUAACACACUUAACCAAAAAAUGAAUCAUUACCAGCUUUCACCCACGGUGAACAUGCCUCAGGAUGACAUGGUCAUAAUAGAAGACGAUAGGCCGCACAUACUCCCUGCCCAGCUGUCUGACCAAUCGUCUUCCAGUUCUCACGAUGACAUGGGUUUCGCUGUGGAAACGCCGCCCCCGCCACCCUGGGACCAAGGGCUUCCCGACAGCUCUGCCAAUGCUAAUGGUGAGGAGGCGUUUCAAAGGGAAGGCUUUGGCAGGCAAAGCAUGUCUGAGAAACGCACCAAGCAGUACGGAGACGCAAGCCAACUCGACAUCAUCAAGACCCGCAAGUCUAAAAGCAUGGACUUAGUGGCUGAUGAGAUUAACCUCACACACUACACAGACAACCACACAGGUUCUUCCUCACAUGACGUCGGUCCAUCCCUUGGCCUGAAGAAAUCCAGCUCUCUUGAAAGUUUACAGACUGCUGUCGCUGAGAUGACACUCAAUGGUGACCUUCCCUUUCACCGGCCACGCCCGCGCAUCAUCAGAGGGCGGGGCUGCAACGAGAGCUUCCGAGCCGCGAUUGACAAAUCGUACGACAGGCCAGCUGCCAAUGAGGAUGAAGAGGAGUGCAUGGACACAUUGGAGGAAGACACAGAAGGAAGCUCUCGGUCGGGGCGCGAUUCCGUUUCCACGGUAGCUGACCUCACUCCGCUUCCAGUCACCGAGCAACAGAUGAUCAAUGGCAACCAGCCUCAAAAUGACAAGAAGAAAGAUAAAGGGGGGAAGGACAAAAAGAAGCCGGAGAAGGAGAAGAGUAAAACAAAGAAAGGAAUGCUCAAGGGCCUCGGAGAGAUGUUCAGGUUCGGGAAGUACCGCAGGGAUGAACGCUCGGAUGCUGGAAAGUGGAAGCCUGAGGAAACUCAUGCAUCUGAAGAGGAGACAAAGCGGAUGAGACAAGAACAGGAGAGGAUUCAGGCGAAAACUCGAGAGAUCCGUCAGCGUCAGGCCAGAGAGAGGGACUACGCUGAGAUCCAAGACUUCAGCCACUCCACAUUGACCUCACUUCCUGCAGAAGAUCCCCCGUACGCUGGCAUCGGCUCAUUGGAACUCGGCGGGUACCAGCGGAUCCACACGCCACCAGACUCGCCCUACACACAGAAACAGAAUGCCCGGAAUGGGCAGUUCUCUCCGUCAGACAGGCUGACACCAAGCAACCAUGACCGAAUCCAGCGCUUGCGCCAGGAGUUCCAACAGGUCAGACAGGAAGAGGUGGAGCCAAAUGACCGCCACCGUAACUACAGCCUGGAGCAGCCGUGGUCAAACUGUAGCUCGCAAUCCACAUCUGGCCGUCAUUCGGUGUCCGUGGAGGUACAGUUACAGAGACAGGAAGCUCGAGAUUCUUUUACUCACGCUCAGAGGCAGUACAGCUCUCUUCCACGGCACCCCCGUAAGACGCCCACCCCGGCUUCAGAGAGCGAAUGGGAACGGACAUGUCCACCGGGAGACGGUUUCCAGGCAGCUAAAGAUAGCGGCCGUUACUCCAGCUACCAGGGUCCUCGAUCCGUCCCACGCACUUUUCCCCGUCCCAGCUGCAGGAAUGGCCUCUCUGCUCCCCCUGGACCCGCCGGGACCUCUGUGGGUAGCGGAUACAAUGCCCGUGUCCUACUAGAGGCCCAGGAGCUCCUCCGACAGGAACAGAGGCGCAGAGAACAGGAACUGAAAGGAAGAGGCCCGUCCAUGAGGGUGGACUACGAAUCUCAGGAUUCCAAAGGACCCCUCCGACAGGAUGUCCCACCCUCCCCUCAACAGAUUGUGAGACUCGGCCGCAUCCACACACCUGAGAAAGCGCGGCCAUUUUUGUCAUGAGGAAACGAUUCACCAUGUAUUUACCUUUUUUUGAACAUGGUGGAGAAAACUACGGUGUGCAAUCGCUGAUAGAUGCAAACAUCAGUGUGAUAUUUUGGACCUAGACUCUGCCUCCCUGAGUGCCUUUCCGUUAUGAAGUCACGGUAGUCCCGCCCUCUCGGUGAAUCCGGUGGCAAGAAGGCUCUUGCAUUGGCUGUGAAGGACUUUAUGCUCCGACAAUCAACCUGAAUCAAGCCUCUGCUUUACUCCUCUCUAGAACCAUGUACUGUAUUACAACUAUCCCGUCUAUAAAAAUGAGCAGAUGUACUGCUUUUGCACAGGUUUUAAUGAAGUUUUGAUUUUGCUAUGAAGUCAUUUUUGCUACAGUGUGUAUGAUGAAUUUUAAACUUCAAGUAAAAGUUGUUGAGUGUAUUCGAGUAUGAUGUAGUUACAUCAGAGUUGCUGUUCAAUGUAAUGAACACGUUUAGUCAUAAGGUACAGCAUCGUUGACAGGCAGAAAACAGAAAAGAGGAAAUUCCACAAAGAGAGAAAAGAGAAAAACUAAAUGGGGUCACAGAUAGCAGGUCAUUAAUUGAUGCUCCUCAUUAAAUUUUCAGUGCACUUUCAUACACAGAAUCCUCGACCCACUGCUGCCUGCCAGGUGUGUGCGUGCAAGCGUGAGUUCCUGCUCUCCCAGAUGACCCACACUGAAUUUUUCAUCACCCACACCAGCUGCCCUUGCAUUGACAGGCCACAGUGCUGUGUGAAACUUCAGUCACCGAGAUUGAGUCCCCUAUCUCCAAAUAACACACACACACACACUGGCUGUGUUUGGAAUAAUGUAAAUCAUAGUGCAAUUACCUUUUCUGCAGUAUACUGCCAACUAAACUGUUAGGAUUGAAUUUAAUUUUAAAAAGUUCAAUUGGACAAUUUACAGUUUACAAUAUGGCAUAAAGGUUCAGUUUACAGUCCUGAACUUUGGAUACCAUAGAUAUAUAUUUUGUAUGUUUAAUUCAACCACACCAGAUGUGUAGAUGUGUCCGCCAUUUUGAAACGAUCCAUUUUUCAUUUGCUGAUGUAACUAACAGCAUCUGUAACCAAAGACGUUCACGGAAGUCGGCGGCCAUGUUUGCAACGUGUCCAGGCAGCCAUUUACGUCAAAGCAAGACCACAGUCCUAUCCGCUUUAAUGGGGGGAACACUAAUAUUUCUACUAUGGCCGGCUUAAAUCCACAUUAAACAACAUAUGUCCUAUCAAUAAUUAAACAUGACAUAAACUGUCCCAUAACUUAGCUUUGCUAUGCUUUAACCUCGCUAAAAAUCACAUUUCUCAACAGCGCAUGCGCGCAGGCUGGCGAGCGGCUCACGAGAGCCCCCCAGAGAGUCGUCAGUCUUUAUCGAUUGACGAUUGACUCGUUUUACUGGAGGGUGGGACUUCUUUCGCUAAGCGGCUAUAUUGAGUGUUGCAUUCUUCCUUAUUCAUUGUAAUGGCAGUAAUCAUGUUAACAUUAAUAUCUUUGCUUUAACUUAAUAUUACAGAUUUUUUUACUAUUUCUACUUGAAUGUUAUGUCAGGUUUCUCUCAAUUGUUCACGAGCUGCUGGUUGCCAGAUCUGCAAAGCAAUAAAAAACAAUAGACAUUAAACCGUGUGCCACUGCCAUUACUAUGAAUGUGGAGGGAGUGCGUAGCUAAAUAUGGCCACUCUAGUGAAUGUAGUCCCUACCAGUGUUUACUCCCAGUGAGAACCAAUCGUAAACCAGUAAAGAUCAUUUAGGCUUAGAACGCAAAAGUUCAGAAAUAUGUUAUUAAAUUGUCUGUCUUCCUCUAUUCGAGUAUGGCUGCAGUGGCAUGAAUGCCUCUAAAUAGACCUCGGUAACAAUACCAGCCCAACGGCCGUCAAAAGCCCCAAAACAAAAAAUCUUAUCUUAAUAAUAACUAUAUUUAAUAUUAACAGUAACUAUGGCAACACUGUUUCAAAAUGGCAGAUGCUUUAAGUAUAACGGCCAUAAAAACAGCCAAUAAUUCUGCAUUUCUAUAUACAUUUAUCUAUCAUGUAUACUGUACAGUUGAGCAAUACAUGGCCAGACGCCACCCACUUCAGACUGACAAGAUAGAUAAACUGGAUAUAUUUAUGAGCAUUUAUUGAUCAUUAAGUUAAAGUCUCCUUGAAUCAAUAAAUGAGCUAAACCAUGCAUCUGUCGCCCUGUCGUUAACUGCUGGAGGUGUCACAUCAGCCCCACCCCUUUAUAUUUCAACAUGCCCUAUUGCAUAUCAGCUCUGCCCCCACCAGAUGCUGAGGGGGUGACUACAACACAGCCUCGGUGCACUUCGAGAUCACGCGCUAGAACUUUGUGUUCUGCCGAGAGGAACUCCGAGAGUUCUGGGCUCUGAAUCAAGAACUCCUGUAGAGCUGAGAUGCUCUCAGACUUUAACAGGCUAGGUCAGCGCUCUCUGUGUAAGUGUGUGUGCCCGGGGGGUAGGGUCAUAUGAGCCAGCCGAUGCUCGCUUGACACAUAACAGUGUGACACAUGGUGCGAAACACACUCUGCUGCCCAGGCACAGAUGGUUGGUUGUGUGUGUGAAGGGGGGUGGGUAUCAAGAACAUGAAAUGAGCUUCAGUAUGAUUCUAAACAAUCAAGACACUUCCUUUUUGUUGUUUGUUCUUUCACAUCAGAUUGAGGAGUUUUUCUGGUCUUUGUAAUACUCGAGAGCGUUAAGAAAUUCUGCCUGUUUUUUUACCUUUACAACUUAAAUGAAUGGAAACCUCAUUUGCACCUUUUUAGAAGUCUCCAAAUUGUAUAAACCGUUUUAAUGAAGAAGUGUUAAAUACGCAGUGACACAAGCAGACGGACUAUUUAUGUGUGUGUAUCAUCACAACAAUCUCCAUAGUGUUCACGGGCAGUCAGAGAUACUGAGUUGCUUUAUUAGUUUGUUUACAGAACUCUGAACUACAGAACAGUGUUUUUAGUUUUUUGCCUGUGUGCUUCAUGUCUCUAUUUUGUGUUGUUUAUACGCUGUUCAGAAAUUUGUGAUUUUAGAAACACAGCUUCUGUUUUGACUACAAAACUCUUGUAAAAUAAAGGAAGGGAUGCUCUUCCGUUUGUG